UCUCUUGUCUUCUAACAUUCUUUCUUUUUCUAUACAAAAUCCUCCUUUUUCUCUGCUGAACUCCAAAUUCCCAAAAAAAAAAAAAAGAAAAAAAACCAUCUUCCAGUUCUAGUUCUUCCUGAAUCAGUUCAUAAAGUUUUUUGGGUUAAGAAAAGGAAAAUUGAUAAUGGGUAAUUAAAUUGAAAUUGAGGGUUUGUUUGUUGGGUACUUUUUGGUGUGUUUUUGAAGCUCUAAUUCUUUAAUUUUGACUGUGCCACCAUUUGUGGCCAACUCCAAAUCAUUGCUCUCUCUUACUUUUGUCUCCAAAAAUCUUUCUGCUUAUAUUCACUUUCAUACUUGUUCUUUCACACCCCCAUUUCCCCCUCUUCCAAAAGGAGGAAUUAUUAGGGUUUUUCGGUGCUGUUUUUGGUCGGAUCACAUCGCCCUUCACCCUGCUGCUGUUGGGUUUCCAUGGUGAGAAAUCGACGGAAUGUGAUGGGGGAAUGAUUCGAUGAGUUUUGUUUUUCUUGCUGUUGGCGGGUGAUGGGGUGUGUUUUUGGGCGAGAGGUAUCUGCGAAGCCCGUCGAGGGAGAGGCGAAGAGGGCGGACGCCGCGGCGGAGGCUGCGGCGGAGGAAAUUAGGGCUUCUGCGAAAGCGGAGGCUGGUGAGGCGGCUAAUGCUUGCAAUGGCGGGGCUAGGAAGGCGGUUGAGGAUGAGAAUCACAGAGGUUCGAGGCCGAGAGGCGAGCGGCGGCGAUCGUCAAGGCCGAAUCCGAGAUUGAGUAAUCCGCCGAAGCAUGUGCACGGGGAGCAAGUCGCCGCCGGCUGGCCCUCUUGGCUCUCCGCCGUCGCCGGUGAGGCUAUCAAUGGAUGGAUUCCUCGUCGCGCGGACACUUUCGAGAAGCUUGAUAAAAUUGGGCAGGGGACGUAUAGUAAUGUGUACAAAGCAAGGGAUACAUUGACAGGGAAGAUUGUGGCUCUAAAGAAGGUUCGUUUUGACAAUUUGGAGCCGGAGAGUGUGAGAUUUAUGGCGCGAGAAAUUCUCAUUCUGCGGCGUUUGGAUCAUCCUAAUGUUGUAAAGCUAGAAGGUUUGGUGACGUCCCGGAUGUCGUGCAGUUUAUAUCUUGUAUUUGAAUAUAUGGAGCAUGAUUUAGCUGGACUUGCUGCUAGCCCCGGGAUCAAGUUUACCGAACCGCAGGUUAAAUGUUACAUGAACCAAUUAUUAUCAGGGCUUGAACAUUGUCACAACCGUCACGUGUUGCAUCGUGAUAUUAAGGGAUCAAAUCUUCUAAUUCGUAAUGAUGGGAUCCUUAAGAUAGCCGAUUUCGGUUUGGCGUCUGUCUUUGAUCCUAACCACAAGCAACCAAUGACAAGUAGGGUGGUUACUCUAUGGUAUAGACCUCCCGAACUUCUUCUUGGAGCUACUGAUUAUGGUGUUGGUGUGGACCUUUGGAGUGCUGGCUGCAUUUUAGCUGAGUUGUUAGCUGGAAGGCCGAUCAUGCCCGGUCGCACGGAGGUCGAGCAGCUGCAUAAGAUAUUCAAGUUAUGUGGCUCUCCUACAGACGAAUACUGGAAAAAAUCGAAGUUGCCUCAUGCAACCAUAUUCAAGCCUCAGCAUUCAUACAAGAGAUGCAUAUCAGAGACAUUUAAAGACUUUCCGCCAUCGUCUCUGCCAUUAAUCGAGAUACUUCUUGCAAUCGACCCGGCUGAACGCCUUUCGGCCACUGCUGCUUUACAUAGUGAAUUUUUCACUACCAAGCCAUAUGCUUGUGAGCCUUCCAGCCUUCCCAAGUAUCCUCCAAGCAAGGAAAUGGAUGCAAAACUGCGGGAUGAAGAAGCAAGAAGGCUAAGAGCUGCUGGCCGAAGCAACGCCGAUGGGGUGAAGAAAUCACGUGCACGCGAUCGAGCUGUGCGGGCAAUUCCAGCUCCAGAAGCCAAUGCUGAGCUUCAAGCCAAUCUCGAUAGGCGGCGUCUCAUAACUCAUGCGAAUGCGAAGAGCAAGAGCGAAAAGUUUCCUCCUCCACAUCAAGACGGAGCGCUUGGCUACCCUCUGGGAUCUUCACACCACGUCGAUCCCAUCUACGAUCCUCCCGACGUUCCAUUUAGCACCAUGAAUUUCUCAUAUCCAAAAGCAAACAUUCAGACAUGGUCUGGUCCCUUGAUGGACCCAGCUGCUGUUGGUGCUCCAAGAAGGAAAAAACACACUCUAGGUGAUGGCCAUUCAUCAAAAUCAUCCAAGGACUUGCGGAAGGAUAAAAAUUCUGCUCGGAUAUAAAACACGAAAAUCGUGCUGAUGUUCGGUGAGCUUCUCGGAAGGCUCGAACAGAUCUUCGUCCAGAAAUUCUCAGACUAAGGCCGGGAUAUUCGACCGGAUUCUAUGGGAGAGGUAAAGAGUAUAUCAUUCUCAUUUUUAAUGUUCAGUUUUCUAUAUUUUUGUAAGGUCAGAUGCUUCACUGGUUUGUAUAUUUUUUUUUCCUUAUAUUUUCUUUUACCCCUUUUUCAUAAUCUCUUCACUGUGCUGCAAAACUAUAAUUAGCUUAUUGGAAAAUAUCAAUAAAUUUGUCUUUGGAAAUCCUUAUGUGAUCCUUUGAAUUUCAUUUGCUUCAUGGGAUCGGAAGGCUUUCCAAAUUCAAUGAAAUCUCUGUUGUUUAAUAAUUUAGAUAUUUUCCAUAGAUUUUUUUCCCUAACUUGGAAGAAAAGUAGGAUGACUUGGCUACUACGUUAUGCUCGAUUAUGCUCGAUGUAACUUUAUCUGUAGUAGUUUAUUAGAUUAACCUUUUCUAA